GUCACGUGGGCGACUUCGCCCCUCCCCGCGAAGACGCUCCGCGCGGCGGUCAGAACCUUGGCUGGCGCAGUAGCGUCACGCGGCUUCCGCGGCUGGCUGGUCUUGCGGAGGCGGAGCGAGGAACUCGAGGAAGCAUGGAUCUUGAUGGCUCUGAACAAGAUCCUGAAAUGAAGGAAUAUUCUUCUGUCUAUGUUGGCAGAGAAGAGGACAUUAAAAAAUCUGAAAGAAUGACAGCUGUUGUCCAUGAUAGAGAAGUGGUCAUUUUCUACCACAAAGGAGAAUAUCAUGCUAUGGAUAUUCGCUGUUACCACUCAGGAGGACCUUUACAUUUGGGAGAUAUAGAGGAUUUUGAUGGACGACCAUGUAUAGUUUGCCCCUGGCAUAAAUACAAAAUUACUUUGGCAACAGGAGAAGGACUGUAUCAGUCUAUAAACCCUAGAGAUCCAUCAGCAAAACCCAAAUGGUGCUCCAAAGGAGUAAAGCAAAGGAUCCAUACAGUGACGGUGGACAAUGGGAAUAUUUAUGUGACUCUUUCUAAUGAACCUUUUAAGUGUGACUCUGAUUUUUAUGCCACUGGAGACUUCAAAGUAAUUCGGAGUUCUUUCUGAUAAAACUAUAUGGCAAAGAAAA